AAAAAAACCUCCCUCCUCCUUGUGUCCGUAGAGGGCUGGCAGGCAGACACAGCAGAAAUCCAGGCGAGCCGGCCGCUGUCCUUGCAGUAGAAGAUCACAGGGACCUUGCAAUGAUCUCGCUGGACCUUAAUUUUAACAUUUUGACCAGAGACCUGUCACAUUAUUUGGAGAAUCAGGUGAAAGUGGGGCUGUUCGGCUCGGGAGUGGGGCUGUCACUAGUGUUGGGGUUUAGCGCAGCGUACACCUGCUACUAUUUGAUUUCCGUUGCAAGGAAACCUCAGCUUAUCUCCGGAGGUAAGAAGUUCUACCAGUUUCUGCGGGAACAAUGUCCGGUGGUGUCAGAGACGUACUACCCGACCUUUUGGUGCUGGGAGAGCCGCAUCCAGACUCUGCUUCGGCCGUUUGUCACGGCCAAACCUGGAGUCGUCUACAGAAACGAGCUUAUUAAGGCAGCAGAUGGAGGGCAGAUAUCUGUGGAUUGGUUUGACAACGACGAGAGCCUCUCUCAUCCCAAUCCCGCCACCAGGCCCACUGUCCUCCUCCUCCCGGGUCUGACCGGCACCAGCAGAGAGUCCUACAUCUUGCACAUGGUUCAGCAGAGCCGCGAUCUGGGUUAUAGGUGUGUGGUUUUCAAUAACAGAGGGGUUUCUGGUGAAACACUCCUGACCCCGAGGACCUACUGUGCAGCCAACACCGAGGACCUGGAGAUUGUUAUUGAGCACGUCCAGAGAAGCUAUGCGGCUGCUCCAAUCAUGGCUGCUGGCGUCUCCAUGGGGGGGAUGAUGCUGGCCAACUAUUUGGGGCGCAAGGGCAGAGAAACCUGCCUACAGGGGGUUGUGGUCUUCUCAGCGGGCUGGGAUGUGUUUGAGUGCACAGCUUCAUUGGAAAAACCCCUGGAUCGCUUCCUCUUCAACUCCUACCUCACCAGCUGCCUACAGGCCUCUGUGCACAGACACAGACCAGUGCUUGAAAAGUGUUACGACAUUGAUCAUGUCAUGAAGGCUCGGACCAUCCGAGAGUUUGAUGAGAGGUUCACCUCCAUCAUGUUUGGCUACCGCACCAACGAAGACUACUACCACGAUGCCAGUCCCGUCCACAAGCUGAAAUCUGUGCAGGUGCCAAUGCUCUGUCUGAACGCUGCUGAUGACGUCUUUUCUCCAUCGCACGCCAUUCCAGUGGAGGCAGUGAAGCAGAACCCCAACCUGGCCCUGCUCAUCACCUGUCACGGCGGCCAUAUUGGUUUCCUGGAGGGUCUGUGGCCGCGCCAUAGCACUUAUAUGGACCGAGUCUUCAAGCAGUUUGCAAAGGCGGUCUUUGAAAAAGGAAACCAACUCAAAGACCUCUUGUGAUGAAAGAACUCGCCUUUGGUGUUCCUUCAUUUUCCUCUUCCCUCAUUCCAACUUCUGCUCCAUCAAAUUCUGCUCAUCGUCUCUCCACAUUAGGAUAUUUCUUCAUUCCAAACUUUAUCGCUUUUUCUCUAUGGAAAUUAUUGUUUUUGGUUUUUUUUGCUUUUCUUUUGUUUGGACCACAAAAAGACCUGGAAACAUCUGAGUUACAGCCACCAUGAGGUCUGCUUUAGGUUACUAGAUUUCAAAGAGCAUGGGUCCAAAGCUCUCUUUGACAUCACCUUAACUUUGGAUCAACUCCAUGUGUAGGAAAAGGACGCCAAUCUACCCACAAUUCCUUGUCAUUUCUGCAUUAUAAAGUGGCACAUUAUGACUUUGUGUAUUUAAUUCCACUGACAGACAUUAUUACAGUCAAAACAGAAAAAACACUACUGCAGGAAGUAAAAAAGACCAUGUGACUCUAAGCAUGACACAUCUAGACUGUUAGUUUGCUGGAGCGCAUGUUGGUUUUCCCCCUUUUUAGUCUUACAAAAAAACAAAACAUGCACAGAUCAAACCUUAGAAAGAACCGGAUUAGAACUUCAGAGCAAAGUCUGCUGAAGGACUCCCACUCUGAUGCUGUUUUUAGGCCAAAUAGAAAAACUGCGUUGUUUUCUAUGACAGUUUCCGCAGAGUGGCAGGAGUUUUUUAGAAACAGUUUGGAGCCGGAUGCUGGCUCAGACCGGGUUGUGGCCCGCCCAGCGUGUUUUUUCUUUUCCUGAUUCAUGGUGAUUUGAAUAAAGAAAUACUCAGAAAUGCAAUUUUAAGCGGAAUCUUCUUUAUACAUGUCCCCCAAUCAUCAGAGAAAAUGCCACAGGUACAUGUUAAAAACACCAUUUUCAUUGCAGUGGUUCUGUAUGUGUGGUCCGUUCCAUCGUGCACAAGCUCAUAGACCUUCAUUUUUCCUGAACCCAGAGAGGAAAGCAAAGUAGGUCUCAUUCAGUUUAAAAAUAUCCCUGGGUUGGAGCAGGUCUGCAUACCUGAUAUUAAUACUGGACCUCUAAUUAAAUCAAGAUUGUAGAUGGAAUAGUGACUUCUAGCUUUUCAUUGGUUGUUUUUUUUGUAUUAAUUGAGAUCCAUCCAUUCUUUUUGUGUCCAUUUCCUCUACAAUAAGCAAAAGGUGCAUCCUUUCUCCUUUUAGACUCAUUGAACAUAUGUUGUGUUGAAUUUGUCGUUUUUGUGUGGAAUUGGUGGUGCAGGACCCAAAUAUAGGAAACUAGGCUUUAUGUCAGAAACUUGAACAUCAGAUUAAGUUUUAUCUUGACAAAACCCCUGGAGAAACAAAAGGACUGACAAACAUAUGAUAAUGAAACUCCAGCGAAAAAAAGUAUUUUUGGUCUUUUUAACAUCUUGUGGCAUUUUUCUGAUGGAGGGCAUAUAUAAAGAAAUGUGACCUACACAUUGCAUUUCUGAGUAUUUAUUUAUUCAACUAAUUGUGAAUCAGGAGCAGACAAAAAAAAAUGCCGUAGGAAAAAGAUCGGAUUUGUGACGUGGAAAAUACACGCAAUGUACAAAUGGCUUAGGACCAAAUGAAGCUACGAUGUGAAAAAGAGAUGAACAACAGUGUCCUGUUUUGCAAUCAUUUUUAGCUCAAGUCAACACACGAGGAUGUGCUGGUUCUUUCUGAAACAUCCUGCUGAUUUUAGCCCUCAGGGAGUUUCUUUCUUUUAUCAUUUUCAGCCUCGCUGUUGGUGUCAGAGACUCUCCUAGUUUGUGUCUUCCUCUGUCUGUUCAGUGUAAUCACAUUGUUUACACAUUACAACGUAUUUAUUUACCUGAUAACUCACCGUGUGAUGACCUUUUUGACUCCUACUUGCUGUUACAUUUGAGGUUACUGCCAGCAGCUGCUCAGCUCCGCCCACCCUCAGGUGUGGAAGAAAGGGAAAGCAGUCACCUGCUUUACUUUCUUCUUUCUGACCUGACUGAACUUUCUUGUCUUCUCCAAAACGUACUAUUUAGAGAGUUCUUCUUCUUCUGAGAGCGUUCAUCAGGCCUGACAGACACUGCAUGUUAGCUGGCUGUAGCUUCACAUUUAACACAACGAAGGCGUCAUCUCCUCACCAAGAAAGCAAAUUAGUUUAUGUGUCUUCAUUCUUCACAAACCUUUUUAUUUUUCACUUUUACCUAACGGUGGAUGACGAGACAUUUCUUUGUGACAAGGAAUGUAAAACUGCACUAUUUGAGUUGUUGCGUCCUCUUUUUUUAUGCAAAGCGCUGACGUGGCAUCCGUGUGAAGGAAGUAUCUGAAAGGCAACAAUAAAGACCGACCAGGGUUUUUGGUGAAAAUGUCGGCAAACAAGAGGAGAAAGUGUGCACUUUAGCUGUUUAAAAUGCUAUUUUACCGCUCAUUAGUGAAACAAAAUGUCAUUUCCUUCAUUUUUGCCUAAAGUGAUCAAGGAAUGAGUUGAGGCAGACGUGAGGGACGCUCAGACUUUGGUUAAUGAGAGGUUUCCACAUCCGCUUUUUGUCUUCUUGGUGGGACUUAAGUGCUUGAUGAGCGGAGUGUCCAUUAGGCAGCAUGAGUCUGGUCCUCAUGUCCUGAACCUCAACAUGACUUUGUAAUCUGUAGCACAAAAGACAUGUUUGUCUCAUGGGAUUCAGCUUCUCCUUUUUCUGCAUCACCUUAAAAAAUAAAAAGAUGCACAUCAUUGGAAAGGUGCAGCAAUAAGAUUUUAAAUUUCAAAACAAUCUCUAUGGUAGGACGAGUAUAUUUACAUUACUGACCUAUGUGUAAUAUGCUGUAUUCAUUAAACAAUUAAACAAAUUCUAAGUCA